AUGGACACGGUCAGGAGCAUCAGCGCCAGAGAUCCGGUCCGGUUUCGGGCUGGGGUUUGCCAGUACGACGAGGAGAGCAAGCAGUGCACGCCCAAGGCCGCUGGCGGGACGGUGACGAUCCAGCCUUCGGAGGAGGCAGAAGGCUUCUACGACUUUGUGUGGCGGCCCGAAGAGGAAGCGCGUGGGGCAGAUGCGAUCGAGCUGAUCUUGAUCCCCGGGGAGACGCGGUGGGUUCACAUCCAGUCGUGCAAGACGGGGCGUGUGUUCUGCCUAGUUUUCUCGUCGGGCGAGAAGUACUUCUUCUGGAUGCAGGAGCGGAGCGCGGAGGACGCCGGGGCGCUGAGCGAGCAGGACCGGCAGGCGCUGGCGCGGAUCGAGAACGCGCUGCGGGUGGCGGAGGAGGGCGGCGAGGAGGAAGACGUCGAGAUGGCAGACGCCGAGCCGUCUGCACCGGAGCAUAUGUAA